AUGGAGAGUCGAUUUCACAGGGAUUCAGAACAUGAAGACAAGUGUAAGGAUGCAUUUCUUAAUGUGUUACUAACUGAUGAAAAUAUUAGAAACUCUAGUUUGACUAAUGAUGUAAGAGCACAAGUGUAUCAUCAUGGUGACUUGCAAAGUGAUGAAGAUGAAGAAGAGCAAGAACAGGUGAUAAAUAAGUACAGAUUACAUGAUCCAAAAACAAGAUGGGAUAAAAUGGAACCAAAACUUGGUGACAUUUUUGAGAUUGUUACACAACUGAAGUUUUGUAUCCAAAACUAUGUAGUCCACAAUGGGUAUCAACUCUACUUUGAGAAGUGUGACAGUACAAGAAUACUUGUAAGAUGUAGGAAAAGAAAUGAGGAUAAUUGUUGCCCUUUUAGACUAUAUAACUCAUGGAUGUUCAAUGAAAGAUCUAUUAAAAUCAAGACUUUAGAAGCUACUCAUGUUUGUGGUAGGAAGUUCAAACUUGGCUCUAUGGUUACUCCUGAAUGGAUAGGUAGACACUACAUAACUGAAAUUGGAAAUAAACCUAAGGUGAAGCUUAAAGAGAUGAUUACUAAGAUCAGAAAAAGGUUUAGGUGUGUUGUGUCUAUAGGCCAAUGUCGUAGGGAAAAGAAAUGGGCCAAGGAGCUAAUUGAAGGUAAAUUGACUGAACAUUAUGCUAGAAUAUGGGAUUAUGCACAAGAGUUAUUAAGAUCCAAUCCAGGUUCUACAUGUAAGGUGUGUGUUACUGUCAAUCCAGAUGGGAUAAACUAUUUUCAUAGGUUUUAUAUUGGUUUCAAAGCUAUAUGUGAAGGCUGGAAAAGAGGGUGUAGAAGAGUUAUUGGUUUGGAUGGGUGCUUUUUGAAGGGAGCAGUAAAGGGUGAGUUGUUGACAACCAUAGGUAGAGAUGCCAAUAAUCAGGUUCUGCUUGAAUCUGUGAAAGAUAUUCUGCCUCAUGUUGAACACAGGAAUUGUGCUAGGCACAUUUAUGCCAACUUUAGAAAGGCUUUCACAGGUGUGGAGUAUAAGAAGUUGUUUUGGGCUGCCUCUAUGAGUUGUACGGAAGCUGACUUCAAGAUGAAUAUGGAAAGCAUCAAGAAAUUGAGCCCUUCUACAUAUGAAUACUUGAUGUCAAAGCAACUAGAAACAUGGUGUAGAGCCUAUUUUGGAACAGGCUAUGCAUGUGAAGCAGUUGAGAAUGGGAUCUCCGAGUGCUUCAACUCAAUAAUAUUGGAUGCUAGAAAAAAACCUUUGAUCACUAUGCUUGAAGAGAUACGGAUUUAUAUCAUGGAAAGGUUUGCUUACAUGAAUGUUGAAAGUGAAAAGUGGAAUUCAAAUAUACUUGAUUAUAGGUUAUGGGGAAUAAUUCAUAGUCAAGGGCAUGUGUUUGAGGCCAGAAGAGGGUGUGACAGUUAUAGGGUGGACUUAGAUGCUAUGACAUGUUCAUGUAGGCUGUGGGAUUUGGCUGGCAUCCUUUGUGUGCAUGCAAAUGCAGCAAUUAAUUUUAUCCAUCAAAUACCAGAUGCAUACAUCAAUGCAUAUUUCUCUAAAGAGAAAUUUAGGCAAUGUUACUCAACAAACAUUGAACCUGUUAAUGGCAGCAAUCUUUGGGCCCAAACUGAAUACAUUAAGCCAUUGCCUCCAAUGUCUAGGAGGAUGCCUGGUAGGCCUGCUACCAAAAGAAAGAGGCAUGCCAGUAAGAAAUAG